CAGGGUUAUGCAGUGCACUGUAGCUAAAUAAAUAUUCUCAUACACCGGUCAGCCUCACUAGUUGUCUUGCUGCUGUGAACGGCAAACAGCCUCAGGCCGCCCACUAGCCCGACUGAGUCCCCGCAUAUAAGCGCGGAGUAUAUCCAUAUUAGAUAUUGAGUUGCAGUAUACGAGACACUCGGUAGACCUUGAUUUCUUUUCUGCCGUCCAGGUGUACUGUCCCAAAUCUCACAAUGACUUCUCAGCCUGCAAGUUCAACUACAGUCCCUCUCUCCCCACUCAAAGAGGGCAUUAAAAAGGCGUACAACACUAUCUCGAAUACCUACUCGGACUGGACAAGGACACAUCAUACAACUCGAAUCAAAUACCUCAACUUACUUCUCAAACACCUUAACUCCAAUGCGCCCACCCCACAAUCGGUGUUGGAACUAGGCUGCGGUUCUGGAAACCCUAUCACCUCUCUCCUCGCAUCUAGUCAGAGUCCCACCAACAGUGCAAAUACUAGUAGCUCGGCUCCCAGGUUCAAGGUUAUUGGAAAUGAUAUAUCGCAGCAGCAACUUCAUCUCGCAUCGGAGGUGCUAAGUUCAUUUAAAAAUGUCGAACUGAAGGAAGGGGAUAUGAUGGAUCUAUCCUUCACAGAGAGAAGUCUUGACGCAGUACUGGGAAUGUACGCGCUCAUUCACCUACCCAGGGAAGAGCAGAAAGUAUUGUUGAAAAGAAUCCAUACCUGGCUCAAGCCUGGUGGGUAUUUCCUUGGGAACUUCGCAGUGGAGGAGCAGGAAUCGGCGUUUGAUCAUACUUGGUUGGGUUGUGGGGCUGACGGCGGAGUUAUGUUUUGGAGUAGCUGGGGGGAAGAGAAAACGUGUGGUAUUUUCGCCGAGAUUGGCAUGGAAGUGAUUAUAAGGGAGGUGGUUCAAGAUGCUGAGGAGGGCAGUGAUGGGGGGGAGAAAAGAGUAUUGUUCGUGUGGAUUCUGGGGAGGAAGCAGCAAGAUAUAUAGCCAGAAGCAGAGAAGCAAUGAACCUGAUACAAGUUAUCAAAUCCUGGAUCAAAACUAAGAAUUAUAAGGUGCCAUGGACCAUGAUUCGCAGAAAAAGCAAACAUGUCCGAACUCUCAACCUCCAGAGCCUCAUGAAAACAUCGAGGAUCGAG